AUCUUGAAGUCCUUUUUCAAAUUAUUAACCCAGAUCCAUAUUCGCGAUACAAUCCCCCAAUAUUGAAUAUGUCAGAAACCCUCACUUUUAAAAGACUUGUUUACACAAAUGGCUCUCCAAUGAAAUUGGAAGAGAAAACUUUUUCCUUACCUGAAGAUCUUGCUUCAGAUGAACUUAUUGUUAAGGUCAACUCUGCUGCUUUGAAUCCAGUUGACUUGAUUCUCUUCCAUACUUCCAGCUACAUGUUUUUCAAGAGAGGUGAAAAAGGUAUUGGUAGAGAUUUCUCAGGUACAGUUGUUGCCGCUGGUGGUGAAGUUAAAGAAUAUGUUAAAGGAGAUAAAGUUUCUGGUUUAUAUACACCUAUUUACGGCGAGCAAGGUACUGUUACUGAAUACUUAAAAUUGAAGCCAAAAGACACUCCAAUGGGCAAAAUUCCGUCAAAUCUCAGUUUGAAAGAAGCUUCCACUUUCCCAUUAGUCUUUGCAACUGCUGUUAAUACCCUAAGAAAAUUUGUUGUUCCGGAUGAAACUUCAAGAGUCUUGGUCAUUGGUGGGGCAACUUCAGUUGCACAAUAUGUUAUUCAACUACUAAGACAACAUCAUAAUGCUAAAAGCAUCGUUAGUGUCAAUUCUGGUUCAUCUGCUGAAUUUGUCAAAUCUUUGGGUGCUGAUCACAUCAUUGAUUACACCAAAGAGGACGUUGCUAAAGCAGCUUCAAACAUUGUUAAAACCGAGUACGAUGGAGCAAAAUUUGACUUAAUUAUUGAUUGUGUUGGAAGCAAUGAUUUAUUCCCUGUUAUCGAUGAGAUUUUGAAACCAAAAAGUGAAAAAGCUGGUUACGUUACCAUCGUUGGUGAUCAAAUUGCAGACUAUAACAAAUCCAUGUUCAGCUUCUUUACCAGUGGUACUUUUGCAAAAUUUAUUCCAGCUUUGAGAAACUACAAUUAUGGAUUUGUAAGUACAGCUGAUGAUUUUUAUCCACUAGCUAAGAAAUUGUUUGAAGAAGGUAAAUUGCAAACAACCAUUGAUUCUUCAUACCCAUUGCAAGAUUACCAAAAGGCUUUUGAUAGACUAGCUACCCAUAAAGCCAGAGGUAAAACGGUUAUUGAAAUUGAGCAAUAGACAAUAAAC